AUGAAGGAGACAGCAGUUGUGGCUUGUUUGCUGGCUGAGCUGUCUCUGGCUGCUUUUGUUCUGGCGUCGGAGGGGGCUGCUCAUUGCCCUGCAUUGUGUCGAUGUGAGAUACGACCCUGGUUCUCUCCCAGCUCUAUUUACACCGAGGCUGCCACUGUGGACUGUAAUGACUUGGGCCUCUCAGUGCUACCGGAGAGACUCCCAUCAGACACACAGGUACUGCUGCUACAGACAAACAACAUUGUUAAUGUGGAGAAAACUUUGGAUUACUUGGCCAACCUCACUGAAAUCGACUUGUCCCAGAAUAACAUUUCCUCAGUGAGCGAUGUUUGUUUGGGGUCUCUCCCCCGGCUGCUGUCACUCCACAUGGAGGAGAACUGGAUUCAGGAGCUUUCUGACAGCUGCCUCGCUUCCUUGCCCAACCUCCAGGAGUUCUACAUCAACCACAACCUGAUUUUCUCCAUUAGCCCUGCGGCCUUUCAAGGUCUGAGCAGGCUGCUUAGGCUCCAUCUCAAUUCCAAUCGACUGACAAGCGUUAACAGCCAGUGGUUCCAGGCUCUCCCCAAUUUAGAGAUAUUGAUGCUGGGAGAAAACCCCAUCCUGGAGCUGUCAGAUAUGAACUUUCAACCUCUGAUUAACCUCCGCAGCCUCGUGCUCGCUAAGAUGAAUCUGACUGAAAUCCCUGAUAAUGCUCUGGUUGGUCUCGAGAACUUGGAGAGCAUCUCAUUUUUUGACAACAUGCUCAAUCGAGUACCCAGACUGGCGCUGACAAGAGUCCACAACCUGAAAUUUCUGGAUUUGAAUAAGAACCCCAUUGAGAGGAUCCAGAGAGGCGACUUCAUGGACAUGAUGCAUCUCAAAGAGCUCGGCAUCAACAGCAUGCCUGAGCUCGUGUCCGUUGACAGUUUUGCCUUAAGCAAUCUGCCCGAGCUGACAAAAAUUGAGGCCACCAACAAUCCCAAGCUGUCCUACAUCCACCCCAGGGCCUUCCACAAGCUCCCCAGGCUGGAGACGCUAAUGCUGAACAGCAACGCUCUGAGUGCUCUUCACCGCAGCACCGUGGACUCCCUGCCUAACCUGCGUGAAGUCAGCCUGCACAGCAACCCCAUCCGCUGCGACUGCGUCAUCCGCUGGGUCAACAUGAACAGGACGGCCGUUCGCUUCAUGGAGCCCGACUCCCUUUUCUGCACGGAGCCUCCGGAGUACCAAGGCCAGCACGUCCGACAGGUGCACUUCAGGGAGAUGACGGAGAUCUGCCUUCCGCUGAUAUCACCUCGGAGCCUCCCGGAGCGUGUCGAGGUUGUGAAAGGGAGCUCGGUGUCGCUGCACUGCCGGGCGUUUGGAGAACCAGAACCUGAGAUCUACUGGGUGACGCCUUCAGGGGACAAGGUCCUACCUGGCAGCAUCUCCGACAAGUACUACAUGCACCCAGAAGGAACCUUUGACAUCUACGACGCCACGGAGCAGGAGGCCGGCUCAUACACCUGCAUCGCCCACAAUCUUGUCGGGGCGGAUCUGAAGUCUGUCAUGGUUGCGGUGGAUGGAUACAUCACCCAGUUUUCAAAUCAACCUUUACAUGUAUAUAUCACAUCUGUCCAAUCUCACUCCGUUAUGGUUUCCUGGGAAAGCACGGGCAGUUUAGUGUCACAACUGAAUUGGUCCGUUUUAUCUGACGGCAGCUUCCUCUCAAUGCCAUUCAAAGCCCGGCUCCCUGCUGAUGUCAAAGAGUACCGCAUCAAACAGCUGAAGGUUUCCACCCGUUACCAGGUUUGUGUUGAGGUCACUACAGCUCAGCCUGGAUACAGCAGGGACUGUGUCAAUGUGACCACAAAGGAAGCAGCAGUCCCGAGGGAGAAAACCGAGAACUGGGACAGUCUGGUGAUGGCGACUUGUGCUGUGUUUUUUAUUGUGGUUGCCGUGGGUUGCUCUGUCAUCUAUACGUCUCUGUACAACCAGGUGUUUUACACGAAACUGAUAGCGGACCCUGCUGAGAGUCUGUUAAUUCCCGGCACUCAUUCCCCCUCCUCCUCCUCUUUCCUGGAAUUUGGCGUGUCUGGGGUAAAGGUGAGGGCAACCGUAAUAAACUUACCAGACGACUCCAUAUAA